AAUCAGUAUUCUACACAACAACUAUUCGAUGAUCAUCUGAAAAAUAAUCCUGCUUGCAGCAAAUUAACCUGUGAUGUUUGUCUAAAACAAUGCAUUCAUAUUAAGAGUUUGAACACUCACAAAAGGACUCAUUUAAAAGAAAAGCCGUUUAAAUGCGAUGAAUGUGAAUAUUCUACAAUAAGGAAGUCAAACCUAAACAGACACCAAUUAACACAUUCAAAAAAACAAUUGUAUAAUUGCAAGUAUUGCGGUUUACCUAUUUCAAGAAAAGAUCAUUUAAACACACAUCUUUUUGUGAAACAUUACGAAGAGUUGUCUUCACCUGACGAAGUAUCUUCCACCGAGAUAAAAGAAUUUGGAAAAGUAUAAAUGUCAGUCUUGCACAAAAAGAUGUCAAUCAGAAUACGAUUUAAAAAUUCACAUGAGAAAACACACAGGAGAACGUCCAUUUAAGUGUGAGGUUUGCUCGAGAGGAUUUACAAAUAAAUCAAAUAUAAAAGCUCACAAGCUGAGAAAACAUUCAACAGAAAAUUAUACAUCUCAGAUAUUUCGAAGAGAAGACACGUCACAGAGUAUUCAAACCUCUGAACAGAAUAUUUCACAAUCUCAUAUGCACCUUCCUGAUGAAAUUUCGUCAACAGAAGUAACGCAUGAGGAACAUAUUAAAGACAAUGAUAGAGAAAACGCUUCUCAUUCUUCUGAAACAUUAUACCAAUGUGAUCAGUGUUCCUUCAGUACAAACUGGAAGAAAAAGUGGUUACAACAUAAGCACAGUCAAACUGAUGACGCUUCAUCCACUUCAAUGGAAAUUGAAGAUACAGAAGAUCCAGAAAUAUUGACAGCAGUUGGACUGAUUAGCAGAAGCAGAUUGAAGCUGAUGGAGAAGAAAAAGGAAUUCUUUAAUUUGGAUAAGCUUUCCACUUCAAAAUAAACUUUAGAAGAAUUUAAAUAAAAAUUUAUUUAUUUUUGCAAAAUUUACAUAAUCUAUUUUCAAAAUUAAGUCGAAUUGUGAAAUUUUCGAAAAAAUACAUGAAACUU